UGACGCCGCUCGUAGCGCACGGAAGACCCGGGACUGGCGCGCCAAAUUUCAAAGCACUUCCUCCCGCACGAAGGCGACAGCCCGCACUGAAACCCGCACGGAAACCUCCAGGGACCGACGGAGACGCGAAAAUAAUCCGUAAAAGUCGAACUUAGCUGCGGUGUGAGUGUUGAGGCGGCUGCUGGAGGAGCGGACGCGGGGAUUGGAGCUGCAGGUCGCGGAGGGAGACGCUGCGCUGCUCUGUCAUUGUUAUCGAUCAUCAGUUUCUCAGUCGAACCUCCAGUGAUUUUCUGUCUUUCAAAGUAGAUUUCAAAGUAAAAGUCCCAGCUGCAGAGUUGGGAGCAGGUUUUGGCGUUUAAUCCGUCCAUCUUGGCGUUGCGUUAGCGAUGCUGUGACUCACCUGCCGUUCACGUUCACGCGCCUCUUAGUGUUUGAACUGGCAGCUCGGCAGUCCCCUCUCCGCAGGGGCUUUGGUCUGUGUGAGCCGGGGCUCAUAAAGCAGAGCAGGAGCUCAUUUUCACCGUCUUCCACUCGGCUCCAGAUCCUCAUUACUCAUUCAUUUAUGCGCAGCGUGGCGGCUGCUCUGCAUGCUAAUGGAAGCACCUGUUGCUGAGCGCCGCUGCACCCGCCUGUGACCUUCACGUUUCGAUCCGCCGGCUCGGCGUUCUGCUCCGACUCUCAGCUUGGCUGCUCUCCACUUGCUCACAGGUGUGUUUGGAAAUGGAUCUGGGCCGGCUGUAGCUCAGGGCCGGUCACAGAUCAGGGGGCGGCCUCAGCCAUGCUGAACGGGGCGCAGCCGUGCUUCCAGCUGCUGCGGAUCGGCCUGUCCACGGGCGACUCUGCGCGGGACCUCUACACGUUCCGGCCGGGGCUGAGCCGCUCCGUGUUCCGCCUGGGCCGGGCCGCCGAGCUGUGCGACGUGACGCUGGACUCGGCUUCGGUGUCGCGCAUCCACGCAGAGCUGCACGCCGAGAAGGAGGCGAGCGGAGGCGACGAGGAGGCGCCGGCGCCGCAGGAGGAGGGCUGGAGGGUUCACAUCAAAGACAGGAGCAGCCACGGAACCUGGGUGAACGAGGCUCUGCUGCAGCCGGGCGUCCUGUGGGAGCUGUCGGACGGCGACACGCUCACCUUCGGAGAUCAGUCAGCUCCAGGAAGUCCAGAGUUCUACUUCCUCUUCCAGAAGGUCAAAGUUCGUCCCCUGGACUUUGAUGCCAUCACGAUUCCAAAGGCAGGAACGUUUUCCUCUGACUUACAGAACCGCAUCAGGACCAACUUGGACCGCAAAUCAGCCGACAACCUGGACCUCUCCAAGAUGUCCAUCAACCGGGCCACGGUCAUCCUGAACUCCAUCGGCAGCCUGAGUAAGAUGAAGGGCCGGGCCUGGACCUUUAAGAGGAGCCACAGCCACGAGGGGGCCGUGUCUGACCCAGGGACCCCGUCCUGCUCCUCACCGGUGGGCUUCUCCUCGCUGCUUCCCUCCGUCACGCGCCCGGCGUUUUUCUCCAGCGCCGCCGUUCCUCUGAAGCCCCUGCAGACGACGUCCAGGAACAGGAGGAAGUCUGCUCACACUGUGCUGCUGGAGGACGACAGCUCCGACGAGCCCCGAGGGCGAGGAGCUGUGACAGGAGUGGUGGAGGACGGACAGAGAUCCAGACCAAAGAAGAGACGGAGACUCUACAAAUCUGAGUCUGAAGGUUUCGGUUCCCCUCCGCCUCCCCAGCUGCAGCCCAAGCUCCACGGCGACAUCCGCCGCCCGCUGGAGGCCAAGCCCUUCCCGGUGGGCGUCCGGACCAUCGGCAGCUUCCACGGCGCCAUGACCAACAGCCGGCUGAACCAACAGCUGCUGCAGGCGUCCUUCACCAGCGUGGUUCCCCACAGACAGGAAGUGGACACCGCGCAACGCGUCAAAACCGUGGUGAACGGAACCAUCGCCGCUUUCCGCCAGCAGAAACCGGUGGCGCAGCGAGGCAGGCGGAGGGCCAACAGCUCGCCGGUGUUCUCCCCUCUGGUGGUGGGAGGAGAGAACUACAGCCUGGCUUCGCCCACAGUGAGGAUUCGCACCGACGACAGAGGAAGGAUGCAGUUCAACCGAUUCCACCAUCAGACAGCUAAACGCCGCGGCCGGCCCAGAAAACACCCGCUCCCCCCUCGGCCCUCGCUGCCCUCUCCCUCCUCCUCCUCUUCUUCCUCCACCUCUUCUGCCUCCUCCUCCUCCGGCUCGUCCUCGUCCUCCUCCGACGAGGACGACGAUGAAGAUGAGGACGGCGGUGUGGCGGCAGGGCCGGUGGAGCCGUGCGCGGCGCUGCGCUGCCGGCUGCCGCAGCAGGACACGGUGCAAUGGAUCCAGUGCGACGUGUGCGACGCCUGGUACCACAUCGACUGUCUGCAUGUGGACCGGAAGAAGCUGCUGAUGGAUCCCAACGCCGAUUUCCACUGCGGCUGCCGCUGAGGCGACCAGCGGGGCCCACGGAGCAUUUUUACCCCUAAAUGUUUAAUUCUUUUAGUGCUAAAAACAUGAAAUGAAAACUAGAGCAGCAGCUUUCUGAACCUCGGUGCCACUCAGGAGCUUCAGAGGAAAACUAAUGAAAUGUCUCUGCCUGGAGAGCCGGGAUCAGGACGGGAACGCUCGAUGAAACGUUUAAGCCUCUUCUCGCUGCAUUCAGGAAGAUUAAUGCAAUGUUUUUUAACAGAAUAAACUUUCCUCAAAUCUCCCCCGUUUGCUGACGCAGCCGCCCCACAGAUGAUCAGACUUUCCUGGGUGGGAGCGGCGGCGUGGGCGGCGACGGCGGAGCAAUUAAAACGAGUCAGCAGGCUGCUGCAGCUGCUGAGACGAGAUCUCAGGACGAUCAUCUGAUGUUUGAAAGCACUUCUGCAGGAGCAGCUGCAGGAUUUAAGGAGGAUUGGGUUUUUAUUAAAAUGCAUAGCUGCAGCUGGUCAGAGAAUAUCUCCUAACCACUGAAAUGAUAUGAAAUAUGAACUCCUGAUGGGGGGAAGCAGAUGCUCCGUUCUGGGCCUGAUGGGCUGGUUGGGUGUUUAUGUCACAGAUGAUUUUAUGAUCUUUUCAGCUCACAUCUUCAUAGAUUCCUCACACUACUGAAACUUCAAGCCAAAGUUGGUCGGUUUACUCUGAAUGUACUCAACUUUUCACAAUCUUCCUUCUGAAUUUCUCUUCUGCUCAACCCAUCUGGGAAAAUCUAGCAGGUUUAAAAAAUAUAUAAAAAAAAUAAAAUGGGAGAAAAUGUUGGAAAAAAAGAUCCUUUGUUAAUUUUAAAGGUAGGAAAACUUUAAAAAAAAAAUCUACAUGUUUGUUUGAGUGGAAUGCAGGUGAAGUUACUUCCUUUCCACUCAUGUUAGAUUUUCUGUUUUGCGUUUUAUUGUUUGUUUAUUCUCAGCUUUAACCAGACAAUAAGCAGCCGUCUGUAGUUCAUCAAAGGUAAACUUAAUGAACUUUAUAUAACUGGUUCGCACGAAAAUCUGUUAUUUAGUUGCUCAAACGUUCCAGUUUCUUAAAAUGCAUCAGAAAAAUGACUUUUAAAUCAGUUAACUCUCUGGCCUCAUUACAAACAUAAAGGUGCUGUUCAGCUUUUUGCUCAAUGUUGAUCAAACUUGUUGGAUUUUCUGUUGAUUUUUUUUACUCAUCUGUUUGGUUUUUCACAGUUUAAUUCAUUUUGCUUGUUGGGUUUAGAUUCUGAAAGAUAAAAAUAUUUAAAAAGCCUCUCUUCAGCUGCUCAGCUUCACAUAAAGGGAGCAUCAUCUUCACCUCGCUGAGCGUUAAACCAGCCUUUUUUCCACUUUCAUGUGGCAAACCCGACUGUUGAAGAUGUUUUACAAAUGAGUUUUUUUUUUUGCUCCAACACGUGUUAAAAGUCGAAGCUUGACUUGCUGGGAAGUUGAAACGGGUGCGAUGUCAACCACAGGAACCACAAAUGUGAAAACUGUGUAGAGCUUUGUGUUGUAAAUUAUUCAGAGCAGAAACGCCAGGAAGAAACCCUGCAGGUUUGCAAAACAAAUUACAAUUUUACCUGACUCUGAAUUAUACUGAAAAUCCUCCUCACUCUGAAUUCCCUGAACUGUUCUGGAGUAUUUUUAUUCAACAAACUACACAGGAUUUUAGUGGUUUUCUGGGCUUUGGAUGUUUUUUUUUUUGUCAUAUGCUUUUGGUUAUGAGGGAAAUGUGAAAUCUGAUUGGUGUCGACAAAUAUUGAGAUAUAAAGUUUGCACAUGCUGGGAAAAUGUCGGGUUUCUGUGAUGUAAAGAAUCAAAACAAAUCAUUUUACAAUUACGUCCACCUGUUAAUGUUACGUUUAAGCUGUGUAAUUCAGCUAAAUAACAUAUAAAGCUGAGGGAAUUGUUAAAAAUCUAAAUAAUCUACAGUAGCCUAUAUUGCUUUAUUUAUUAUUCUAUUUUAAUGACUCUGCAGUUUCUCCCCACUUUGUCCUGGAAAAGUUCUCCAAAUCUCUCAUUGUGAAGACAUCUCCUGUCUACAAACCUCUUUAUGUGAGCCAGCGUAAAAGAUUUCAUGUCAGGUUUAGGUCUGGACUUUGACUAGGACGUUCCACUUUUAGCUCCUUUCUUGAAGUCACCUGGAGGGUUUUGGGGUUGAAACUGUUAUCAGUUUAAUUUAAUUCUGCAAAAACAGUUCAGUCUAAAGAAUCCAUCAGCAUGAUACUGCCAUCACUAUGUUUGAAGUUUUUGUGUUUUGUAAUUUUGGUCCAAAACCUCUAGUUCAGCCUCGUUUCAGCAGAUUUCGGUCCGUCCUGAAUGUUUUCUUUGUAUCCUGCAGUAGAUCUCAUAUGCAGAACACAACCAGUAUUUUCUAAUUCCUGCUGAUCCUUCAGUAUAUAUAUAUAUAUAUAUUGUCAACUUGUCUUUGUAAGGUUAUACUGAUACUUCAGAUAUUUUGGAACCUCUGCAGUUUUUAUUUUACCUUAAGGAUCCAAAAGUCAGGAAAAAUCCCUCUGAAGUAAAUUUUUGAUUGAUCAAAUUUACUAUUAUUGGUGCUUCAACAAAGUUCUAGUUCAGGUUCCAACUUUUAGUUUUUGCAUCUUCUGCCUUAGAGAUUUGUUUAAAGUUGAGAUGAUUUAAUUUGGUCUAAUUCUUCUACAUCACAAAAAAUCUGAUAUUUUAACGGGUGCGUUUACUUUUCACCGUUUCUGUAUCUUUAAACCAUUAAAAGACUUCAUAGCUGUUUAAUGAAAGAGGAGAAACUCGUCUUUAAUUGCAGCGGAUCAUAAAUCUGCAGAUCUGGGAUUUUUUUCAUUAUCACUCCUCCUGUCAUCUUUGGAGACUUUGACAGUUUGUAGCCUGCAGACAUUUUUCUGAUUACGUCGGUCAUGAUUUUGUGUGUACAGCGUCAGAUUUUUGUCUCCUGAUAAAACUUGCUCUUGUGAGGUGACCGCUCUAUUAAUGAGCUGCGAAUCAAACGGAUUGUUUAGUAAAUCAUUUUGCUUUGAUCCGGAUCUUCACAGCGCUCUGUUUUUAAUUAGCACAUUAAAAACGCCGAACAUUUCAGAGCAGUUUGACUUUGUUGGUUUUCUGAUAUUGUACAGAAUCAUAAAUCUCCGAUAUGCCACGAGCGUCAGAGUUAUCAGAGAAAUAAAGAUUAUUCAGAAGAUUUA